AUGAACUUCGUAGCCAUGUUGGACGUGCACCAAAUUGCGAUUCAACAGGAAAAUGGUCAGCGCGCUUCUCGACCACCUACAACCACCGGCCUACAUCGACUGAUCGAGCUCGAGAAAGAAGCGUGGCAUAGCCUCAAAGAUUGGGUCAAAGCCCAGGCCAACUCAUCAUCUCAACGAGAGCCCUCGGCUUCACAGUGCCUGCCGUCAGACGACGAGAACGAAAAAGUAGACCGGCAGGUAUUCGCAGCGAAGCAUCUUCAGGUGGCACUAAAGAGAUUCUAUUAG